GCUUGAGUGUCUCCAAGAUGAAGUUUAGAACCAGAUUAAAAUCAGUGUUUCUUAUGUUAUCUCUCAUAUCUAUUACUAGUUCUAGUAGUUUUGAAAAAGAAGCUGCGAGGACAGAUACACUCGACUUUACGUCAGGUAAACGGACUUUCAUAUUUGGCAAGUUGCUGCUAAUACCAUUUCUCGCAACAAUUGGUUUAAAGUUCCUGGCACUUUUGCCAGUCAUGCUCUCGAAAAUAGCACUCCUUGGGAUUAUGAAUUUUAUAGCAUCGAAUUUGAAUCUUCUCCUAUCAGUGGUAUUAGGCCUAAAAAAUUCAUUUAUGAAAAACCGUUGGAGUUGGUAUGAACAAGACACACCGCAGUUUGAAAUUUCACCAAUUGAAACUGCUCCAUCCACAACGAAAUUCGACUUUCUUCUAGAUUCACAUUCCGCUAAAGGAUCAAAAGUGUUUCGAGUUAUACCAAGUGGUGAUGCGGGUAUCAGUAAUUUUCUAAAUCUUAAUAAGCGUGAAAAAACUUAUCAUUACAUAGUGGAUCCGAAAAUAACGAAAAAGGUGCAAGCUCCUUCAAUAGUGAAACCGAGUCUUAAAAAUAAAAAAUAUUACUGCCAUUUAACAGACAGGGAUUCAAAGGAAGGAGGGAAGUACAAAUGUUUGUGGAUUGAUAUCUCUCAAACCCAAUUAAAAAGAAAAAUUGUUGCUCUACCGCUGGAUUCUGCAAUGCAAAAUUAUGAAGAAACUCGUUUUCCUGUUUAUUUUGGGUCAGUCUCUGAUUUAAGUAGUCGAAAAGAAGAAAAAAAUGUUACCAAUUCAAUUUUAAGCUCAUUACCAGGAGGAAUGAAUGGCUGAAUUUCUUGGAAUUUCGCAGCAAAUGAAUGAGGGAAGGAACGAAGGGAAAAGUAUGGAACGGCUGGACCGCCUCCUUUCGGUAAACCGCUUUCUCCAUCCGGGAUGACAGGGUCGAAAGAUACGUUCUCCAGAAGUCCAGAUGGUCCUGAUCGAUCGAGAGAGAAUCGAUGCUUUUGUCUCGGAGAAAACGGACUUUCAUUUUCUGGCAGACCAUGUCCUAGACUAUUCUUGGUCGCAAAGAUACAUACGUUGAAUGCUGAUUAUGUCCAGUACAUAAUGAAUGUUUUUUUUUUAUAUUUCUAAUUUUGCGAAUAGAGCCCACAUGUUUUAAACCUUUUUUUUUGUCGCAAGAGUUGAAUGAAAGUGAAGUUGUUU